GAGGGGAGGGGGGAGGAGGGGGUUUUGUUUUGUAAAAUGCAAUACCUGCUGCUUCCAUUUUCCCUAUAAACUGUUGCGUAUGGCCUAUGCAAUACAAUACAAUACAAGGCGAGCGGCAAAGCAAAACCACUUCAGAUUUCAGCUCGCCGUGUGUAAAGUGACUGGAGAGGAGAAUGAUUGCGGAGUUUGAUCCAACAUCUGCUCUUGAGCCUCACAAGAUGUCUAGAGCUUCAUCGGCUGCACUUACGAGUGGCCAAAAGCCAUCUAAGUUUGCUGCGAAAUCUGGAUUUGUCAUCCCUAAAAACAAAUUAUCAGGGUCAUUGGUCCCGGUUUUCCGAGGGGCUAAAAAACAUGGGGUCACCGGAGGAGCCGUCAAUGAAGAAAGUUUGAAACAAAUUGAGAGGGUUACAAAAUGGGGACCUGAUCUGACACAAGAUGCUUCUGUCAAGAGAGCAAAGGCUAUGGCUCUGCAGAUUCGAGUGGAUCAGAUUACGAAGCAGUUAGAAUCAGAAGAAUUACAAAUUGGGGACACUCAAAACUUGCCAAUAGCUUCUGAGAACCCAAAUCAGAGCACAUCUGGCUCUGACAUGAACAGCAAGAAGUCAGAAAUGCUCGAACUUGAAAAACGGGAAGCAAUAGGUGAAAUACUAAAAUUAGAUCCAAGUUACAAGACUCCACCUGGUUUUAAACCAUUGUUAAAAGAAGCCAGCAUUCCUUUACCUGUCCAAGAACAUCCUGGGCACAAAUUUAUUGGUCUAAUAUAUGGACCUGAAGGUGAUACUCAAAAGCGACUAGAAAAGGAAACUGGUGCGAAGAUAAAAAUUCAUGGAACCAGAGCAGAUACAGGAGACAAAGGUGAAAUUAAACCAGGAACUGAUAUCCAAUGCAGUUACCAAGAGAUGCAUGUUAACAUAUCAGCUGAUAGUUUCGACAAAGUCGAUGCAGCAGUGUCCAUCAUUGAACUACUACUUAGCUCUAUAACUGGGAAUUCAGCUGCUGUUUCCACACCUGUAUCUGUUUCUGGGGAUAGCACUAAUGUUCCGAGCCAAAGCCAAGAUGCCCCCCCUUCUAAUGCAGUUUCUCUGCCUUCGGAAAACCAGGCUGUGUUGCAGCCAGCAGCUGUUACACAAAUGCAUGGAGACCAUUUUCAAUACCCUGGUCCAUGGUUUUCAGUAGCUCCAUCUCAUACCCCUUUAGGUGCUGCUUCUGGCAGUUCAGUCCCUCCAUAUCCACCAGGUAGAACACCCCAUUUUCCAUCACAAACAAUGACUCCUUCAAAUAUGGUUUCUACUUUUGGUGCUCAACCUGUACCGGUUCCUGGAUUCCCUGGAUUCCGCCCUAUGUUUCCAAAUCAUCAUGUUUCUAUGCAAGCACUACCACCUAGACCGAUGUUACAGCAUUCACAUAUGAAUCAAGCAAGUCCUUUGGGUCACAUUGUGCCGCCAAGAAAUCCUUCUUCAGUACCUGUACAGAAUUUUUCAGCUCCAACAAAUGCCUCUGUUUCAUUUCAAGUUACUUUAAGCCAACCAACACCAAUAGGACACCUCCAGACACCAGUGUCUUCAAUGCCUCAACCUAUGUCUGGUAUAUCACCAUCACCAAUGCCUAACCAGCCAUUGACCCCUCUUGGGGUAUCUCCUAGACAGAGUGGAGGUCCUGUAAGUCUCAGCAAUUUGGGACCGAUGGCUCCACCGGCAGUUCCUCCUACAAGACCUGUUUCUCUAGGUCAAUCUGCCACUUUUUCUCAACAUCAAUCAGGAAUUUCCCCAGGACCGCCAUCAUCUUUAGGAUCAAUGGCUCCUGCACCUACUUACUCAUCAAGACCUGUUUCGUUUCCAUCGCCACGAAUGUCGCCUUCAAAUCCAUUACCGCAGCAAUCCGGAACACCUAAUUCUUUUUCUGGGGUCACUCCUUAUCAAGCCCAUGCAACACCACUAGUCUUGACGACUUCAAAUUCAGGAAAUUUUACUUUUCAAUCACAGAGGCCAAAUGCAGACUAUAGUCAAGUGGCUUCCAGACCAAACAGUCAAGCUACUGCUGAAGGUGGCAUACAAGAGCCAUCUUCUGGUCCACGUCCACCACCAUUUGGGUUUUCUGUGCCUGAUCAGCGUCUUCAAAUGUUCCCCCGGACACAAUCCCCCAGCCAGGUGGAUCAAACUCAAGCUCAUUUGUUUAAUCUUCCCUUUGGGGGAAGAUCAGGUUCUGUCUCAAUUCCACCCCGACACACCACAUUUCCCUAUGCUGGUCAACCUGGACCUAGAUCCCCAGCCCCCCAAAUGGGUAUGCAGAACUUCAUUUCUGCCCCUCAAAGACCAAACUUUCCCACUCCUGGUGUCCAAGGUGGCAUGCACAUUCGACAAAACUAUCCUCAGAGGGCAUGGCCAGAUAUCCCAAUGCCUUUGAAUCAGAAGUUUGGAAACAAUCACCCCAUGGCUUCUGGUAAGCCUGCUUAUCUUGCAGACCAAAUUUAUGAUCCCUUCUCACCCACAUCUGUUGCACCUCCACAACAGAAAGGUAAUAAUGGAAAAUGAGGGAAUUGGAUAUGGCUACAUAGACGUAGUCCUGACAAAGUGAAAAUGGCUGCAGUUUUUGGCCUGCAGACCAGAUACUAAUUUCAUAUAGAUUAAUGAUGGGCAUGUUGUAAUUUCAUGCUACUACUAACCAGAAGUUUUGGUUGGCUUCCUGAGAUGAUUGGUUGUUUCACUUGUUUUAUUGAUCUUUCUUUUUCUGAAAUGCCCAUCACUGAUGCAGUGUUGCUUGAUUAUGAAUUACAUUUUAUGAAUCCUUUGCCCAUAUAAAUUUUCCAUUUACCUUUAUUGUAAGAGCGAUGUAUUUAUGUACUAUGUCUUCAGUGGAAUGUGAGUAUUGAAAAUUUGCUUGGGCGGUGAUUGUUUCA